CGUAUUCUUUGUGGUUGCGACUUAAGAUGAUUUUGCAUAGUUGCACAUAAGAAAAGGGUUCCUUGUUAUCACUGUCAAGGUUAUUCCUCGUAUGCUUUGUGGUUACAGUUUAGGUUGAUCUUUCACAUCAGAAAAGGGAUCAUUGUGCUUUAAAACUGGUUCAAUUGAGAGCCAGUAGUGACGAGAACCCCAUCAGGCGGUUAGAGGUUGUAGUUAUUUUAGUAAGACUGAAAUAGAGAACUUGGAUAAGUUACAAAGUAAAAAGAUAGAGGGAUCCUCAGUUACCGUCAUGUAAAAGUUGAACGAGACCAACUACUCAAGUUGGAGCACCCGUAUGGAGUUUUAUCUCAUAGGCCAAAAGCUAUGGAAAAUUAUCGCCGACCCGCCACCAAUCGAUGAGAUGUUGUUGGAGGACUUGAAGCAAAAAACAAAUGAGAUCAUGUACAUCUUUGCAGUCACAAUAGAAGAUCAAUUCUUGCAUCGUAUCAAGGAAAGAAAAUCCUCAAAAGAACCUUGGGAUAUUCUCUCUACAAUCUUCCCCAUGACCAAUGAGGCGAAACUCCAAAGUUUGGAGAAUGAUUUGGCGUCACUAUACCGAGGAACAUUGACCAUUGGUCAAUAUUUUAACAAAGUAAAAAAUGUUUGUGUCGAAAUUUCUAUAUUGGAAUCUAAAAAUCCAAUUUUGGAAGUUCGAACAAGAAGAAUUAUCAAUUGUGGCUUGAGACUAGAGUUCAAGGGCAUAGUGACGACAACAAGAUGGUGAACUAAGGAGCCAACCCUGGCAAAGUUGGACAAUCUUCUACAAAUGUAGAAAUUCUUGAUGACAAGAUGUCAAAGGCGUCAAUCAAAGAAGAGGAGAAGGCUCUGCUCAACAAAGGUAAAUACUCCAAUGGUGGAGAGAAGGCCCUUGCAUCGACAAGCGGCCAAAAGGGGUUAAAGAAGAACCAUAAGUGGAACAACAAAUGGGGCAACUACCAAAGGGAAGCUUAGAAAAAUUACAACCAUCGUAACAAGUGUGGUGACGAAAAGAACAUGAAGGAUAAUGACCGAGAAAAUGGCAAUUGCUACAUUGGCCACAAGAAAGGUCAUCUAGCCAGAGAUUGUUGGCACAAAAAGGAAGAAGGCAACGUUGCAACGUCUUCCAAGGUGAAUGAUGAUGAAUGGGACUUAGAAGCAUCUUUAGCAACAUAAUCUCCAAAAGGCACCACUUAAGAGUUAGCACUUAUGUCAUUGGACGAAAAUGUCAUUGAUUAUGAAAAUGGCUGGAUCGUGGAUUCAAGAUGCUCAAAUCACAUGACUAGUGAUGGACAUAAGCUUUUAAACGUGUCCUAGUACAGAGGUGGAUGGGUGGUUAUCACCGCCAACAACACUAAACUAUCAAUCACCCACAUUUGCGAAACACUGGUUACUCAUCGGGUUGACAAUAAGCAAGUGGAGCUGUUAAACAUUUACUACAUCCUUGGAAUGCGGAAGAAUCUGAUGGCAGUAUCACAACUGACAACAUCUGAAAAUUAUGUGGUGUUCGGUACUAGAGAUGUGAAGGUGAUGCAGUGUACGUGGGUAAGGUUAAUAAAUCGAGGCUCGUUGAUUCAAGGGAAUAGCCGAGUCGAUCUUUGCGAGGAAACCCCUAUUUUCUUCUUUUAUUCAAUAUCAAAAACUGUCUUCUACGAACAAUGAAAAACCCUAUAUAUAAGACUUAAUAAGACAACCUAACCGACUUUGGCAAGGAAAGAUGAAAAAAAAGUACACAAAGGUCCUUAAACAAUGAAAAACGAAACAAAUAGGCUAUGUGGCCGGCCUGGUGCAUGGCGUGCAUGGCAAUGCCCGCAUCAUCCUCAUCAGAAGGUGUAUCGCAACUUACAACCAACUUUAGAUAAGAUCACGCAAGGGCGGAAGCUGGAGUCUGUCUAUGUAAUGUCAGCAGAAGUUGCUUAUGCUAACACAACAAGGAGUAUGAUGACAAGCUUAUGGCAUGCUCGGUUCGGACACAUUGGCUAUCAAAAGUUUAGAGUCAUGAUGAAGAAGUCCAUGCUAAAAGGACUUCCUCACCUUGAUAUAAGUGAAGAUAUCGUAUGUGUUGGAUGCCAGUAUGGAAAAGCUCGUCAACUACCAUAUGAAUACUGAAAGUUCAAGUCUAAAAUGCCUCUGGAACUUGCCCAUUCAGACAGGGGCGGAGCUAGGAUUUUGGGUUUGGGGGGGCCGGAAAUGAUUCGUAUAUUAUCGUAAUAAGAAAAAAAUCAAAAUAAUUAUAUAACUAUAUAAAUAAAUUAAUUGUGUAAAUUAUCAAAAUGUACGAGAUGUUUUGUCAAAUAAUUAGAUUGACAUUCUUGUUAAACUUAUCGGGGAAAUUUUUUCCAUUAAAGCUAUAAAAUUGUAAAAAACUCCAACAGAAAAACUAAGAUAGGUGAGGAUUGAACCCUUGACCUGUUUGAUACAAAACCACUAAAAACUCCACUAGGGUAAUCGGCUACUUUAGAUACCUUUUAACCCGCGACCAUUAUUAUAAACCUGUAUUUACUUCGUAAUUUUCAGAAUACUCGUACAUUCUUUCGUGAUUUUCGAAAUUCUCGGGGGGGGGGGGGGGGGGGGGGGGGGGGGGGGGGGGGGGGCCUUAGGCCCUGUGUAGCUCCGCCCCUGCAUUCAGACGCGUUUGGACCAGUGAAGCAGACCUCAUUGUAUGGAAUGAAGUACAUGAUUACUUUCAUUGAUGAUUUCUCAAGAUAUACUUUGGUUGACUUCACGAAAGAGAAAUCAGAGACAUUUUAGAAGUUUAAAAUGUUCAAAGAACUUGUUGAACGCAAAGCCUUCCAUGAUAUCACGUGUAUAUGUACAGACAAUGGAGUAGAGUACACCUCUAUUAUAUUCACACAAGUUUUCAAGGAGAAUAGAAUACGACGUCAGUUGACCUGCCCAGGUACUCCACAACAAAAUGGAGUAGAGCUGAGAAAGAACUGUCACUUGGUAGAAAUUAGCAGAAACAUGCUACAUGCAAAGCAUGUUCCUUCCAAGUUUUGGGCAUAAUGCAGAAGACCUUUGAUUGUGGGUAUUGACCAAUUUAUUGGCUAGGGUUAUACCAGACUUUAGUACCAUGGCUUAAUGGAAAACAUAUGAAAAGAUUUGAUCCGACAGAUGGCUCGUACCAUCAAAAGUUUCUAUGCAUAAAGUGUAAGAUGACGCUUUAAUUCCAUAAGAAAUAACACGGUUGCUCAUUUUUCGGCCCAUCAAGAUCUUUUUUGGAAACUAUAGUUUGUUUGGGCUCAGUCUUCCAAAAACUUAUAUUGUGUAAUCUAUCGCGAUUGAUGGUUUUUACCAACCACAGUUCUUAUAAAUAAUGAAAGCAACAAAUUAUUAUAUAUACAAAAUCAUAUAUAAUGCCAUAAUUAUAUUUUUUAUUUGCAGUGAAGUGACAUUGUCUAUACCACACGUUUCGUUAAUGACAAUCAUGAAUCAAGCGAUCCAGUGGUUGUGAAAAUUGAAUUGGUGUCCAUCUCGGUAAGACAAAUAUCUCGGGUUUACCGGUGAAAUCGUGAAAGAGUCGUCAACAACUCUCGGAAAAAUAUGAUAAAUCUUAUCGAUUAUGUCAACAAUACACAAUUUAAUGGAUA